AUGCCUUCGGCAAACAGAAUCACAGCGUUACGAAUAGCUAUAAUCGGAGGAGGAAUCGGUGGCCUCAGUUGUGCUCUUCAAUUACACCACCAUUGUGUCAAAGCACGUAAUGUCAUCAUCGACAUCUACGAACAGGCGGCGAAAUAUAGUGAGAUUGGGGCUGGAGUAGGCAUUGGUGCAAAUGCGGUCAAGUUAUUCGCCCAACUAGGGCUCGAGGAUGCAUUGAGAGCUAUCGGCGGCACCAGAGAAGGGAUAUGGAUGUCAUUCCGUAGACAUGACAACGGCGAAGAUAUCUUGACCGUGCCUGCGGACAACGCGCAGAAGACUGGACAGCUGGGCGUUCACCGUGCUGAACUUCUAGAGCUUCUUGCCAAAGAAGUGCAGUCAAGGAACGCUGCUACUCUACAUAUAGGCAAGAGAUGCAAGAAACUCGAGGCAUGGCUCCAUUUCUCUGAGAUCUCCUCUGCAGACCUCGUCAUAGCCAGCGAUGGGAUAAACUCCGCUGUGCGCGCUCAGUACGCCCCAGAAGAAGCAGUUUACAGUGGUCGCUUGGCCUAUCGAGCUCUCAUACCAAUGGAUCAAAUAUCACCAUGGUGGCCUCUACCAUCGAAAGCAGCAAUGUUUCUCUCUAAAGGCCGUAUCUUCCUUACGUACCCCAUUGGCAGCAGCAACAAGAUCAUGAAUGCACUCACGUUCCGCGCUACCCCUCAAGAGAGCCUUGGCGACCUGAAAGAAAGCUGGUCAUCCUCCGGGUCAAAAUCGGAACUACGCAAUGACUUUGAGGGUUUCAAUGACAUUGUCCAGAAGAUAAUCGAGCUGAUGCCUGAGAAACCUUCAAAAUGGGUUCUGAAUGAUAGGAACCCUUUGGAUCAGUGGACAUACGCAAAUGGAAAAGUGAUACUGCUGGGUGACGCCGCUCAUGCUACGCUGCCGUACGGAGCCACUGGAGCAGGACAAUCAAUCGAAGAUGGUUAUAUUCUUGCGAAAUCUCUUGAGGCAUACCUGGAAGCCGGCAGCAACUCCACUGGCGACGGAAAUAGGCCUCCAUUACAGGGCUACGCUAACCUAUACCAAGAUGUCCGUAGACCCAGGGCACAGAAGGCGCAACAAGCUUCACGUGAAUCAGGCAAGAUUUUUGGGCUUGAGUCAGCUGAUAUGACUGACCAAUCAUAUGAAGCCUGUGUGUCGCUCUUUCCAGGUUUGAUGAAGGAAAGGAUGAAGUGGGUUUGGGAGGAAGACAUUGACGCAGCGUUUCUAGCAGCACAUUCACAGAUGAAGUAA